AUGGCAGGUAAAAUCAGACAACCAAUCGAUGAAAAGGCAUUUGCCAAGUACGUGGAUGAAAAUGUGCCGGAGAUCAAGACACCGCUGCAGCUAAAGCAGUUUGGCUUUGGCCAAUCCAAUCCGACAUAUCAAAUCACCGAUGCCGUUGGUAACAAGUUUGUCAUGCGCAAGAAGCCUCCGGGCAAGAUCAUCUCCAAGACGGCGCACAGGGUCGACCGCGAGUACCGCAUCAUCCACGCGCUGCGCGACACCGACAUUGCGGUGCCCAAGGCCUACGCGCUGUGCGAGGACGACAGCGUCAUCGGCACGCCCUUUUACAUCAUGGAGUUUCUCGACGGGCGCAUCUUUGAGGAUUUUACCAUGCCCGGCGUCGGCCCCGAGGAGCGCACCGCGCUGUGGAAGGCCGCCAUCGAGACGCUGGCCCGCUUCCACAAGGUCGACUUCCGCAAGGUCGGCCUGGAAAAGUUUGGCAAGCACGAGGGAUUCUACAGCAGACAGGUGCAGACGUGGACGACCAUUUGCGAGAAGCAGGCCCAGGUGGCGGAUGUCGAGACCGAGGAGCCCGUCGGCCAGCUGCCGCACUUUGAGGAGAUGAUGGCUUUUCUCGGUGACGUAAAGCAGCAGCCCAAGGACAGAGCGACGCUCAUUCACGGCGACUACAAGAUUGACAAUGUCAUCUUUCACAAGACGGAGCCCCGCAUCAUUGGCAUUCUAGACUGGGAAAUGGCCACCAUCGGCCACCCGCUCUCCGAUGUCUGCAACUUCCUGACCCAGUUCUACUUGGCCAAGGCCUCGGAGGGAAUGCACGCCGAGUCGGCCGCCUUCCUGCCCGGCAAGACGCCUGGCCUGCCGCAGCCGGACCAGAUCGUCAAGUGGUACGCCGCCGCCUCGGGGUACGACCCGCUGCCGGAGCUGAACUGGGGCGCGUCUUUCAGCCUCUACAAGCUCGCGGGCAUCCUGCAAGGCAUCGCCGCACGCUACGCGGUGCGACAGGCCAGCAGCGCCCAGGCGCAGGCCUAUGCCGCGGGCAGAAUACCCAUGGCCGAGUUUGGCUGGCAGCUGGCGCAGCUUGCGCAAAACGGCAGCAAACCACGCCUGUAA